UACGAUGUACAGUGAACGUGACAUGAAGAUAAACAGACGCGCACGAUGCAGACAGUUGAGGUUCUCAACGUUACGGAUUAUUUAGCUAAAGAUACAUUAAUUUAGACGGAAAGCUGCUGUGUAAACUAUAUUUUUCUGUGUAUGUAAGACUCAAGGGAUAUCCAGACAAGCAUACACUGUCAGGAUGGUGUCGUACAAGCGGCUGAACCCUGAAGAUGUUCAGUUUUCCAAUGCAGCUUUGUCAGAAGAGCCUCGUCCUGUCCAUGAAGAAGUCCCAGUGCCGGAGCCAGAGGAAGCCUCCUUGCUUCCACAGAGGCCGGCAUGCUCUGUCACCACAGGUUUCCUUGUGAUUGGCUGCCUGUUGCUGCUCCUCUGUGGAGGCUGGCUACUGGGUACCAUGUUCUGGUUGCACCGACCGUCCACGCAGCAGCCACAUAGACCCCCGUCACCGGCCCCUGCACAAACACCAGACUCUCGAGUAGAGACACUAGUAAACGACACUGUGGCUGCUUCCCGCCGGGAGGCUUGCAGUUUAAUCCCUGAGGCGUGGAGGUUUGACUGCUACCCUGAAAGAGAGGUGGUUGUGACCCGAGAGUUGUGUGAGGCAAGAAACUGUUGCUUUAUCCCUGCAUCCUCCCCCUCGUCCUCUGCCACUCGCCCAUCAGGGAGAAAUGGUAUCCCUUGGUGUUUCUAUCCCCAGGAUUUCCCCUCUUACUCGCUUGUGUCAAUAAACGACACAGUGCUGGGACAGAAAGGUACACUCGUAAGGGAGGUGAAGACCUACUACCCAGCAGAUAUUCUCUCUCUAGAGGUGGAGAUACGUUAUGAGACAGACACACGGCUACGAGUCAGGAUUACAGACCCCUCCAGUUCACGAUUUGAGGUUCCAAUCUCUGUUCCCGCUGCCACCAAGAAGGCCAAAAGUCCAGCCUACAAAGUAGAGCUUUCAAAGGAGCCAUUUGGGCUCAUUGUGAAGAGGAGCUCCACAGGUGCAGUGCUUCUGAACACCACAGCGGCUCCUCUCUUCUAUGCGGAUCAGUUUCUCCAGUUAUCCACCACCCUGCCCAGUCAGUUCAUUUAUGGGCUGGGUGAGCACCGCUCCACUUUCCUGCACGAUGUCCACUGGAACACACUCACCAUGUGGGCCAGAGAUGUGCCUCCUAUGGAACAAACAAACUUAUAUGGAGCUCAUCCAUUUUACCUGGCGAUGGAGGACAGAGGGAACGCACACGGCGUCUUCCUGCUGAACAGCAAUGCAAUGGAUGUGAUCCUCCAGCCCGCCCCGGCGCUCACCUGGCGUACUAUUGGAGGAAUCCUUGAUUUUUAUGUUUUCCUUGGUCCUGACCCUGCUGCAGUGAUUGAACAGUAUGUGGAAGUCAUAGGCUACCCAGCGAUGCCCAUCUACUGGGCUUUAGGCUACCACCUCUGUCGCUGGGGUUACAACACCAGCGACUCUGCCUGGGAGGUUGUCAAGAGCUUGAGGAAUUAUGGGAUACCCCAGGAUGUCCAGUGGAAUGAUAUUGACUACAUGGACCAAUUUAUGGACUUCACUUAUGACUCAGCAAAGUUCGCCACACUGCCUGAUCUAGUCAAGGACCUGCACGCCCAUGACCAGCGCUACGUCAUAAUCCUGGACCCAGGUAUCAGCAGCUCUCAGCCUGAGGGCUCAUACUGGCCGUAUGAUGAAGGGCUGAGGAGGGAUGUUUUUAUUAAAGAUGCGGAAGGAAAAACACUUAUUGGGAAGGUGUGGCCUGGUCUGACGGCAUAUCCUGAUUUCUCUGAUGAUGUGACUCAUGAAUGGUGGUACGACAACCUUAAGAGGUUCCAUGAGAAGGUGCCAUUUGAUGGACUAUGGAUUGACAUGAACGAGCCGUCAAAUUUCCUGGAUGGGUCCACCAAGGGCUGUCCAUCAAACAGUCUUGAAAAUCCCCCUUACACACCCGGAGUACUCGGAGGUUUGCUGAGAGGCAAAACUGUGUGUGCCACUGCACAGCAAAAACAGUCCAUACACUAUAACAUGCACAGCCUCUAUGGACUUAUGGAAGCUAAGGCAUCUGCAAGUGCUCUGAAGCGGAUCUUGGCAAAGAGACCUUUUGUAAUCUCUCGCUCCACCUUCCCCAGUCAGGGGAUGUAUUCAGGUCACUGGCUGGGAGACAACAGGAGCCAGUGGAAAGACCUGUACACUUCUAUAGCAGGUAUGUUGACCUUUAACCUUCUGGGCAUCCCGUUGGUGGGAGCAGAUAUCUGUGGCUUCAGCGAGGAGCCGCAGGAGGAACUGUGUGUCCGCUGGACGCAGCUGGGAGCUUUCUAUCCCUUUACACGAAACCACAACGCCAUCGACAUGAAGUCUCAAGACCCAACAGCAUUCAGCCCUCAGGCUCGUACAGCCAUGAAGCAGGCUCUGCUGCUGCGUUAUUCUCUCUUCCCCGUCCUCUACACUCUCUUCCAUCAUGCACAUGUACACGGACACACUGUCGCACGGCCGAUGAUGUUUGAGUUCCCAGAAGAUGUAAAAACCUAUGGAAUUGACAAACAGUUCCUGUGGGGGAAGAGUUUAUUGGUGACACCAGUAUUGGAUCCUGGAGUCACCUAUGUGGAUGGUUACUUCCCAGAGGGUCUGUGGUAUGACUACUACACGGGUGACUCUCUGCGCAGCAAGGGCGAAGACGUUCAACUCCAAGCACCCCUAGAUAAGAUCAACCUGCAUUUGCGUGAGGGCUCUGUUAUUCCAACACAGGCCCCCAACCUGACCCUGUGGGUAAGCAGCGGUCAGCCUCUCCAUCUGGUCUCAGCUCUCUCUGACGAUGGCUCUGCCAGUGGAGAUCUGUUCUGGGAUGACGGAGAGACCAUUGACACCUACGAGAACAAUCUGUACGCCUACAUCAUCUUCAACGUCUCACAGAAUGUGAUGACAUCACAGGUGCUCCAUAGCAACGUGGAGGCCACUUACAUCACAGUCGAGACGGCCUCCUUCUAUGGUGUGAAGCAACCGCCAAGCAGAGUGCUGGUGAACUCCCAAGAUGCAGCGUUCACCUACAGAACCAACCAGGUGUUAACAGUUGCAGAUCUUGGUCUCAACCUCAGUCAGAACUUCACCAUCAGCUGGCUGUACUGAAUCAGACACUCUUCAAUCGUUGGUUUUAUUUUCUGUUUGCUGUCGAAGUCACAAGCUGCCACAAAGUGCAGUCUGUGAGCGUUAGGACAGUGAUGUUUUGGCUCUGUACGCCAGAACAUUAAAGGGAACACUAACUGAGGUUUAAGUGCUAAACUUCACAUUUGUAACAGGUGAACAGCAGGGCUGGGGAUCGGUACUCAGUAACAUCGAAUAAUAUUAGUAAUAUCGACUGAAAUAACCUAGUGUCAAGUUGUAUCAAAACCUACAAUCAAAUGAUACCUGCAUUCGAUCCUUCUUGUACCCAGAUCUAGAAAAAAAAUGACAUCUGAUAUAAAAAAGAUGUGUAAAAUGUGGAAGGAUAAUUUCAAACGAGGUACUCUGUUGGUAUCUGUAUCACUUUAAGGGUGUUGGUAUUGGUACUGGUUUUAUAAUUUUUUUAAACCAUUCUCAGCUCUAGUGGACAGUGUAGGACUCGUAGACCUUUUUGUUUGAGUGGGCUCUGCAUAAAAAAAGUGCUACAAUUCCAAAUAGUUCACCUGAUGUGUUUGCAAACACUCAAAUUAAAGCUGAGAGUUUGCACUUUAACCUCAAAGUCAUUGUUUCAUUUCACAGCUAAUGUGCUGGAGUACAGAGACAAAACAAUCUGUCCAUCUGUCCGAAAAGAUGAACAGAUAAACAAGUACUGGAGUGAGUGAGGUCAAGUUAGUGUUAAUUAUAUUUACAGUGUGGCGUUUCAAACAAUGGAUAAAAAACCCCAUGAAGGCUUUUUAGACAAUACACAACCACUGGCCUACAGUAGUCUGGACACUGCUUUAAUUUUCUGUGUGGAAAAUCUAAUUUAAUGGCUGAUAACUUAUCACUGUACUGUCAUCUGAUUCACACAAACAUCGUGGCAGUUUCAUCUUUAGUUCAGUUCGUAGAUCAAAUCUGCAUUUUUUUUUUUAAAUUCUCUUUAGCAGAAAGAUUCUGUGCAAUAAGUGAAAGAGGAUGAUCUUCCUUUUUAAUCUUGAGUCUGAAUAUAGUUGAUUUAAUAUGUUGUUUGUGCUUAAAUGCUGUUUACAGCCUAAUUUUGCACUAAAUAGUGCUGCAGUAUUAUAAAGGUAGAUACAGGUGCCUUAUGAUUCCUGUUUGUGUGUUUGGGAGCUUCUCUGGGUUUGUUCCAGAUGAUCCUUUGUUCAGCUUUAUAUUGUAAGCCUGUUUUCAAUGCUGAUGACCAUAGUACGGCUAUGCACGUUGAUUACUUUAAUGCAUAACUAUGGUAUACUAGACCAGCCAUACGUGUCGUGCAAUCAUUUCACUGUGAACUGUCUGGUUGUCUGACACCUCUAAAGGCAGAACGCCACUAAAACCUGAAGCUAGAUACUUUUCUGGAGCUGGUUGAGGGAAGUUUCCAAGAUCAGCAAGGUUCAUUCUGCUUAAAUUUGACCUUGAUGCUGUGAAAAAUUUUGAUUUGAAUUUAUAGCCUUUCUCACAGAUAACUGUGACAAGCUUGCACCUUCUCAAAGCAAAUCGUCGAUGCAUGUGUGCUGUAAAGCAGACUACCCGAACAUUUGUCAGCAUGUAAAGACAUCGAAACAGAGUAUAUUUUACUGUCAUUUGUGUUAAAGUAUCUCAAAUUGUGACUAAAAAUUUGCUGUAUUUUAUCAUGAAGCCUUGUGUUGCAAUUUUUGUGUAACUGCUUUAAUUGAAUUGUAUGAACAAUGUGAAAACUACUGGAGUGCUACUGGAUCUUUUUUCUGUUUAAUGACGGGCAUCUUCUGGGGCAACAAAACAAAGAAUUGCGUUGACCUGGAUGUGUUGUCACCUUAAAGAUAUACUAAGCAGGAUUGGGGGUUAUUGUUUGUAAAGGCGGUCAGUGAAAGUAAAAGCUAACCCCAAAUCAAUCUCUUUUGGACUUUUGCAUCACUUAUUGCCUUAUUUUUGUGUCGUGUCUCUUGGAUGCCUGCUGCUUACGGUCUGGAAAAUCCUUAAAAGUAUAUCUUUAAAGAUUCAAGGCAAAGAAAACUCAUGUUGUUUUUUUUUUUUUUU